CCCACCAGCCAGCCGUGCUCCUGUUUCACUCAAAGAUGGCGUCGGCUCUAGAACCCCUUGGUCUGUGGCUGCAUUUUUAAGGCUUGUUGUUGUCUCUAUUACGCACGGGUUUGGCACCUUCUCCUCGGCGGGCUCGACACCAAAUCCCGGAUUCCUCAUCCACCAACGUGCAAUACUAGGCGUGCAGGGGAUCAACCCCGGUUGCUCCCUGUGGUGAGAGAUCUGCUCCGUCCCAGAGCCGAGAAGCCGAGACUACUGGAGAAGUAAAAGGACAGAACAGGAAGCGAUUACGAGGAAACGCGGCGGCAAAAAAACAAACCUUGUGGAAUGUUGUUUUCCUUCAUCUUCACUGUAUUUGACUCGCCUUGAUCGUCGAAGCACUAAUUUCAUAUCUCGGAGACCGUGAUCAUCGUCCAGAACAUACAUUGAGAUCUGCCUGGUUGACAUUUUUAAAAACUAUUUAUUGGGAGUUUGCCACAGGCGAAGCAGGAAACAUCUUAUUUUUGUGGAAGUCCUUCUCAUCAGGAUCUACUCCGACCUCCUUUGUGUACCGUGGAAGUUUAACUUGUUCAUACACAUCUGCUACUUCCUCCACCCCCCCUGCUUCUUGCCAGGGAGCUUCACCUGGCUAGGAGUGGGUGGUGGGUAGACUGCAUUUCCCCGGGUGGAGGGUUGGGUGGGGUUUGUGCUAUGGUCAGCUGUUUAUUACCGUGCUGCUCAUACUCAGCUUCUGAGGGACUCUCCGUACGACCCCAGGACAAGGGAUAGUAAGCAGGCAGAGGGCAACAAGGAGGAGGAGGCGGCGCUACGGCGCAGGCCAGGUGUUUCCUUGGCUAACAGUCUCUAUUUUUGUGUGUGGUCAUUGCGGUGAGGCCCCCCCGCCCACACUCAGACCACAGCCAUGGUGAAACUGGCAAACCCAACGUACACACAGUGGAUCUUAGAGGCCAUCAAGAAAGUGAAGAAGCAGAAGCAGCGACCGUCAGAGGAGCGCAUUUGCAAUGCCGUCUCCAUGUCCCACGGCCUGGACCGCAAAACGAUCCUGGAGCAGUUAGAACUCAGCGUGAAGGAUGGCACCAUUCUUAAAGUUACUAACAAGGGUCUCAACUCUUACAAGGACCCGGAGAACCCUGGGCGCUUGGCUCCGCCCAAGUCCAAAAGUAGUGGCAGCUCUGGAGGAGGAGGAGGCGGCGGCAGCAGCGAGAGAAGCAGCAGUGGAGGAGGAGGAGGAGGAGGUGGUGGUGGUGGCAGCAGCAGUGGUGGCGGCUCCCACUCCCAUUCUCACUCCCAUUCCCAUUCCCACUCCCACUCCCAUUCAGGGAAGAAACCGGGACUCGACUGGAACAAGUUGAUCAAGCGGGCUCUAGAGGGGCUCCAUGAGCCCGGCGGCUCCGGCUUAAAGAACAUAGAGCGCUUUCUCAAAUGCCAGGCUGAUGUGGCGGCCUACUUAUCGGGCAGUGGCUCCAUGGGGCCCGGUCUCUUCCACCAGCAGCUGAGGGUCGCCCUGAAGAGGGCUGUUGCUCACGGACGCGUGGCCAAGCAAGGUCCACUGUUCCAGCUCAUCAGCCGCAGCAGCACCCUGGACGAUGGGACCGGCACGGUGUCUCUGGAAUCCCUGCCACCUGUGCGGUUGUUACCCCACGAGAAAGACAAGCCGGUUGCAGAGCCAAUCCCCAUCUGCAGCUUCUGUUUGGGCACCAAGGAGCAGAACCGCGAUAAGAGGCCGGAGGAGCUCAUCUCCUGUGCCGACUGUGGGAAUAGCGGCCACCCGUCCUGUCUCAAGUUCUCCCCGGAGCUCACAGCAAGAGUCAAAGCUCUGUGGUGGCAGUGCAUCGAAUGCAAGACUUGCAGCAGCUGUCAGGAUCAAGGGAAGAACGCGGACAACAUGUUGUUCUGUGACUCUUGCGACCGGGGUUUCCACAUGGAGUGCUGCGAUCCUCCCCUCACACGGAUGCCAAAAGGCAUGUGGAUUUGUCAAAUCUGCCAACCCAGGAAAAAGGGAAAGAAGCUUCUACACGAGAAGGCAGCACAAAUCAAACGGCGCUACAACGCACCGCUGGGGCGGCCCAAGAACAGGCCAGGGCGGCCCUUCAAGAAGCUGGGCGGUCGAGGUCGGCGGAAGCGCUCGGCCUCGGCCAACUCCUCCUCCAGCUCCUCCUGCGAGGGUUACCCGGGCGAUGACAGGCUUCUGUUUUCGCUCCGGGACGACGAUGACCUCUCGCAGAGCGGCCUGCGCUUCAACAACAAAACCAAGGGCCUCAUCGACGCGCUCACAAAGUUCUUCACGCCGUCGCCCGAGGGCCGCAAGGCACGUCAGGAGGUGGUGGACUACUCCCAGCAGUGUCGCAUCCGGAAGAAAUCCAGUCGUAAAGGAGAAGGCGACGACAGAGGGGACAAUCAGGACGGCAGCGACUGGCGGGACGAAGACGAGAAACUGCCCGGUCAUGAGAACCUAACAGAAAAAGACAUCGAGCUGUUCAGACACAUCCAGGAGCUGGCACUACAGAAAGUAGGGGUGACGGGUCCACCAGACCCUCAGAUGCGCUGCCCGUCAGUCAUCGAGUUUGGAAAGUUUGAAAUCCAGACGUGGUAUUCGUCUCCCUACCCCCAGGAGUACAGCAGGUUACCGAAGCUCUACCUGUGUGAGUUUUGUUUGCGCUACAUGAAGAGUCGCAGCAUCCUCUACCAGCACAUGAAGAAGUGCAGCUGGUUCCACCCUCCUGCCAACGAGAUCUACAGGAAGGACGACGUCUCUGUGUUUGAGGUUGAUGGGAAUGUGAGCACAAUCUACUGUCAGAACCUGUGUCUGCUGGCCAAGCUGUUCCUCGACCACAAGACCCUCUACUAUGACGUGGAGCCCUUCCUUUUCUACGUCCUGACCCAGAAUGACAGCAAGGGCUGCCACCUCGUCGGCUACUUCUCCAAGGAGAAGCACUGUCAACAGAAGUACAACGUAUCAUGCAUCAUGAUUCUUCCACAGUACCAGCGCCAGGGCUACGGACGCUUCCUCAUCGACUUCAGUUACUUAUUGUCUAAGCGCGAGGGCCAGCCAGGAUCUCCAGAGAAGCCGCUGUCUGACCUCGGUCGGCUGUCCUACAUGGCGUACUGGCGCAGCGUGGUGCUGGAGUGUCUCCACGAGGUGCGCGACCGACAGAUCACCAUUCGACAACUCAGCAAACUGACAGGGAUCUGCCCGCAGGAUAUCACCACCACCCUGCACAGCCUCGGCAUGCUGGAGCCACGAGGAGAAAGCAUGGUCCUGGUGCGCAGGGAGAAGCUGGUGUCUACCCACAUGUCUCGUCUCAAGGCGCGGCCACGGCAGCUGGAGGUGGAUCCCGAUAGCCUCCGCUGGACCCCCGUCAUUGUAACCAACACUGUGGUCUCUGAUGCAGAAGGAGAUGAUGACGAGGAGGAGGAUGAAGAACCAGAGGAAGAAAAACACAAAGAGAUCAAACCAAGUCACAAGGUCCCACCGCUGUCCUGGCACAUGCGCCAAGGAAAGAAGAGGGAGGAGGAAGAGGAGGACGAUGACGAGGAGGAGGAAGAGGAAAGAAAGGGCUUCUUGGGGUUUCCCAUUAGCCAAAGCUCUCCAAGUUCCUCUCCUGCACGCUGUCCGCCGCCUCUCCCAGAGCCGCCGCGUCCCCCUCCACCUGCAAACGGAGAACGCAGACCAAGGGGGCGCCCGCCCAAAAACUGGCCCUGGGGCAAGGUGAAAGACAGCGCGAGGGUGGGACGGCCACCUAAGAUCCGCUCGGUGGAGGAUGAAGACGACGAAGACGAGGAGAGGACCGAAGGAGGGAAAACCGCCGGCUCUGCCAACAGCCCCCCCUCCCUUUUCUCACUGGACAGACAAGCAGAGUCCACAGCCUUUCACACGCUAGACAUGGCCCGGCACCCCUCCAUAACCCCCAACCGACGAGGCCGGCCGCCGAGGAAAAAGAGAGGCCCAAAGCCUCGACUGUCCGAGGGGCCCGGCGAGGGGCUGACCCAGCUCCCUGUGGUCUCCAGGCUGAACGAGUCUCCACCCAUCAGGAAGAGCUGCUUCAGUGAGAGCAGCGAGGAGGAGGAGGAGGACGACGACGAAGACGAGGAAGAGGACGAGGAGAGGAGGGCGUGCUCUCCUCCCAUUCUCACCAAACCUGCAAUGGGGCUCAAAUGCAAGAAGCCACUGAGAAAGCGUCGCUUUCGCCAGCGCAGCCACCCUCACAGCAGCGUUGUCACGGAGACCAUCUCCGAGACAACCGAGGUGCUGGACGAGCCCUUUGUGGACUCGGACUCAGAGAGGCCCAUGCCGAGGCUAGAGGAGGAGACGCUGCACCGUUACCCCCCAGCCCGCUCUGCCCUGAGGUUAUCUGACCCGGCGCCCAAAAGAGGCCGACACUCCAACCUCACGGACUCCGAGGAAGACGAGCUGACGCCCGUGCUGAAGCCUGUGGCAGCUCUGACGGCAACGCAAUCGGAGACGCUAGCAGCCAACCCUGAGGUCCCAGUGAAGAAGAAGAAAGGCUGGCCUAAGGGGAAGAGCCGCAAACCGCUGCACUGGAAGCAACGAGAACCUGGAAAAACACCCGGUGCAGACAGUCAGGCCCAAAGCGGGGAUCCUCCACCACCACCCAAAAUCAAGAUGAAGCCCGGACGCAAGCCCCGCAGCUGGUACCUGCAGCGUGCCCAGGAGGAGGCGGAGAGGCAGGAGCAGGAAAGACAAAGACAGCUCGACAAAGACCCACAGCUGCUCCAGACCGACGAUCGUAACAGCAAACGAGUCUGCAGAACCAACGCUGACAGAGACCGCAAAGAGAAAGACUCAGACGAAGAAGACGACUAUCACCCUAAGCCGGUUGAGCAGAAGGUGCCCAGGAGGCGAGGGAGACCGCCCAAGAACCGCACCCUCCUUCAACCACCACAGCCCGCCCCCAAACCGCCUCCUGCCUCUGAGCCAGACGAGGAGGAGGAGGAGGAGGAGGAGGAGGAGGAGGAGAAUCUAGGAGCGUGGGAGGAAGAGAAACCCAGCCGUCCACCGUCCCGUCCCCUGAUUUCUCCUUCAUCCUCUUCUGCCACUUCAGGGCCCCGGGCCCCUCAAUCCCGGCCUCAGGACACAGACGUGGGAGACAGGGAAGAAGACGAUGAUGACGAGGAGAGGGAGGAAGAGGAGUGUGGCAGCACAGGUAGCGGUGGUGGGAGUAUCAACAGGCGGACAGCGGUCACACCGGGCUCGGGGAGCAGGCGCAGUGAAGACCACGACGCAGACGAUGAAGGUGACGGACACUUGGAGGAUAAGAGCAACAACAGUGGUGUUAAGAAGAGAAAAAGUCAGGACUCGGAGGACGAAGAGGACGACGAGGACGACGAGGAAGAACCGGCCUCCCGCGCCAGCUCGCCUCCGGUCAAAGAAGAACCCCAAGGUGGGGAGGCUUUUUUAGACAUGGAGAGCAGCGCGGCUCGGGAGUAUGUCAGCAAGCAGGAGGAGGAGGAAGAGGAGGAGGAGGAGGAGGAGGCUGAGGAGGAGGAGGUGGUGGUGCAGGAGACCAAAUGUCAACCCCCCUCCUCGGCUGACCCUCAGCAGGAGGAGAGGCGGCGCAGAGAGCAGGAGGAGUCGGCCGCAGCUGCAGCAGCGGUGGAGACGGUGACGGCCAUGUCUGCUCCCUCGGAGCCCAUGGAGCUGCAGCCUCUGCACCCCGAGGACAAGGACGUCACGCUGCUGAUGGAACCCCAACACUCACAUCCACACUCCCACCCGCACCAGCAUUCUGACUUCAAAGAGGAGCUCGGACACCAUCACUCCCACCACCCCCAUCAUCAUCACUCCAAUGAGCUGGACCUGGAGACCAUGCAAGCCGUCCAGUCCCUGACUCAGGGGGAAGCCCAGGACGAGGAGGCCGAACCCCAGCCGCACCAUGGGGCCUACCAGGACUGUGAAGAGACCCUGGCCGCCUGUCGGACCCUGCAGAGCUACAGCCACGCGGGGGAGGCCGAGGAGGAGGCCCUGGCGUUGGUAGAGGAGUGCGGGGCUUCCCAACACAGCAGCCCCCUCCCAAAUCCUCCAGUGGCCCCCCUGCCCAGUCAGUCUGUGCGCUCAGUGAACAGUCCCGGGUUGAACUCAGGCCUCAUGGACACGGCACCAGCCGGGCAGAGGGGAGGGACACCCGGCCCUAACGGAGCAGGGGGAGGCGGCGGUGGAGGAGGGGGCUACACCCAGAUCACACCAGAACACCCCAGCUCUCUCUCAGCCCCCUCCCAGCAGAACAUGGAGACGUCACCGAUGAUGGACGUGCCGUCGGUGUCGGACCACUCGCAGCAGGUGGUGGACAGCGGCUUCAGCGACCUCGGCAGCAUCGAGAGCACCACGGAGAACUACGACAACCCCAGCAGCUACGACUCCACCAUGGGAGGAGGCGGGAGUGGGACGGGGAACGGGGGCAACGGAGGAGGAAUGUCGGCCGCCGUCGUCACAGGAGGUUCAGCGGUUUCAUCGUCAUCGGCCUCCUCUUCUUCUUCUUCCAGCUCGGCCACACCGUCCUCCUCUCAGUCCAACAGCUGCUCCUUCGUGCCCGCCCCCGGCCACACAUCUUCCACGGGAACGGGCGGAUCCCAAAUAGGGAUGGGCAGCUGUAAUCUAAUCCCACAAUCUGGACCGGGUGCCAGUGCUGUACCGCAGCCUCCACCGCCCCCACCCCCGUCCAACACGGCCAACUGUGGUAUCAAGUCUCCUCAGAGCUGUGGUGUGAUUGAGAGGCCGCCCAGUACCAACCAGCAGCAGCAGCAACAACAAUCCCAGAAAAAGGUUUCUCAGCAGCAACAAGCCCCUAACCCUCCACCAUCAGCUGCACCCCCUCCCUCACAGCAACAACAACAACAACAACAGCAGCAGCAGCAGCAGCAGCAGCAGCAGCAGGCCCUGUCUCAGUGCAGCAUGGGCAACGGCUUCUCCUCCACACCGAUGAUCAUGGAGAUCCCCGAGAGCGGAGGUGGAGGAGGGGGCCGCAACCUUUACGAGCGCAUGGGUCAGGACUUUGGCACGGGGGGCUACCCCCAGCCCUCUGCGACAUUCAGCUUGGCCAAACUCCAGCAGCUCACCAACACUAUCAUGGACCCCCACGCCAUGCCCUACUCCCACUCGGCCUCCGUCACCUCUUACGCCACCAGCGUCUCUCUGUCCAACCCUGGGCUGGCCCCGUCACCACACACUCCUCUCCCUCAAGGCCAGCCCACCAUGACCCCGCCUCCCAACUUGACUUCUGGCUCCAUGAACCUGGGUUCUCUACAGCUACAGUGCAACAUGCCCACCGCCAACAUCGGCCUCGGCCCCCCGCCGCACACGCAGCGGCUGCAAGGCCAGAUGGCCACGGUCAAAGGACACAUCUCCAUCCGCUCCAAAGCCACCCAGCAGCUCGCCCCCGCCCCACACCAGCAGCAGCUCUACGGUCGCAGCUCGGGGGCCGUGACCAUGCAGGGCACGCCGCGCACUCUGGCCGUGCAGCGCGGCAUGAUGCCGAACCUCAUGCCCACGCCGGCACCCUACAACUCCAUGAACAUGACGCCCCUGAACGCCAUGUCGGCCGGCUACCGGAUGCCCCAGCCGAUGAUGAACAGCGGUUACCACGGCAACCCCCCUUACAUGAAUCAGCCAGCUCAGUACCCCAUGCAGAUGCAGAUGGGCAUGAUGGGAGGGCAGGGUUACCCGCAACAGCCUAUGCAGCCCAAUCACCACGGCAACAUGAUGUACACUGGCCCCACCCAUCACAGCUACGCCGGCGUCCCCAAACAGUCACCUUACAUGAGCAGAUGAGCAGCGGAGAACUGAAACAAAGGAGUCAUAACGGGACCAGAGCUGAUAAAUCCCUGUACUCUAAAAUGUCCAUUACUCCUGUUGGCCCUCUCCAGUGCCCGACAGGCACGUGUGAGUGUGAGGUGUCGGAGUCAGAGAGGGUUUUGGGUUUCCUCUUUUUCUAUGUUGUAAUUUCGUCCCUUUUUAAUUUGGGCUCGUUCCCCCCCUCCCUCCCAGCUGGCUGUGCUCAGGAGCAGGUCGGCAGGAUUCCAGGGGUUGGGGGUGUGUACAUGGACCGCGGCCGUGCCGGCUUGCGUCACAGGCCUCUGUCAUGUGGUUUCACAUAAGGUCCAGGAACCUCCCCCCCUCGUGAGGAGGAGAGAGAGAGAGAGAAGGAGAUGACGGGAAAGAUACACAGAGAAAGACGAUGCAGGAGUACCUUGCUUUUUUCAGACUGGGAUGAAAAAACAUUGGAAAACUGAAAUAUAUUCAACCAUGCACACAAUCUUUUAAUUGAUAUAGGAAGCCUUACCUUGAAAAAAAAAGAGACAUUGAAUCAUUGUAGGCGAACUCUUUGUUUUUUGUUAAACAAAAUGUUGAAACUUAUUUUUGUUGUCUUUGUUUUUCUUGAUUGUUUUUUUUUUUUUAACUGUGUGCAGUCCGAUCUCGUAUAUGCUUUGGUCUUUAUAUGUGUGGCAUUCUAAAAACGGUGAUACACACCCUCUCUCACGCUCUCACCCAAACACACGGCUUUCCAGCUAAUUCCAGGAAAAGCAGGAGUGAGCACCUCCAGUGUUUGAGGCGUUGAGCUGCAGAGUCCCCGUCUUCCCGGAUCGACAGUGUUGUACCAAAAAAAAAAACACAGCAAAAACAGACGAGAAGAGCCCGUUACUGUCUUAUUAUAUGUCCAUAAAAUGAAACAAGUAGCAUUAUUUUCCAGUUUGCUGCCACUCUGAAAACAUUUAGAUGUAAAUAUUCUGGUACUUCCCGAUAUCCAGCACACACACAAACACACACACGGGCUAGCUUCGGUGGCUAGCACGGGGAAAGUACAACAUUCAGUUGUUGUUGUCCACACUCCACUGACACGCGGUGUACUACGUCAGCCUGUUUUUAGCAGUUUUAGGGAACGCAGAACAAACGGUGGGAUUUACAUUGAACUGCUUUAAGGAGGGUCAGUUAGCGUUAGCUGACCUCCCCCUCAUAAGUGUUAGAGACCCAAAGAGGUCGAGGAGUCUGCUUCUGAAUAGUGUAUUCUGUUGAAUCUUUUUUUUUACUUGAGAUGUAUUUUUCUUUGCUGAAAAAUUCUGCACUCCCAUUGGCUAGAGACAUUUGGCAGUGGACCUUUUGUAAAAGGUGUGCCUGAAUGCCUGAUCUAGUGCACGGUUCGGCCCCUGCAUAGAGGCUCGCUCGUAUGAAAGCAGGGUCCGAGGUAAGAGGUCCUGUGGGUCAUGGCGUUCAGCUGUCAGGAGGGGGCGCGGUCGACCUUGAUGCUCCAUGUACCCGUACUGAAAGUCAAGAGUAGUUUUGAAUUUCCAACAGACCUGACAUGGCAUACUUUCUCUGUAUCGUUCUGUUCUGUACUUCUUUUUUGUUGUGUUUCUUUCUGAAUUUUAUCAGACUGGGCAGCUUUCUUUUAUGACACAAGCUGACUCUUUUUGACUUUAGAAAAACCUAUUGUAGAGAAAAUGUUUUUUCUAUAAUAUAAAAGGAAACUCUUACAUUGAUAUUGGUACUGUCAUUUUUUUCACUUCUGUUUCAGGAACAAAAAAAAUACAUAUUUUUUAGCUCGCCUCUUGGGUAAUACUUACUAAGAAAUUCAAAAUGUAAAAAAAUUACCACUCACUUUUAGUGACUUUAAGAUGCCUUUAACCUCUCCAUUCCAUCUCAUCUCUAGAGUUUUUCUAUCUUUGUGUAGUAUAAUAAUGCUAUUUUAAACAAAAGGACUACAAAUAUCUAAAGGUCACUUGGCAUUCUUUUCUUUUCUUUUUUUACUCGUGUGUGUAAAGGAUGACUUCCUUACAUUUAAGAGGCAUGUAAAAAGGAGCUCAGUAUAUUUCUGUCUGUUUAUAUCGCUUCCCUUUUUGUAUCCUUUGUAAUUGUACAUGUUGCGUUGUAUGCUAAGAGAGAGCGCAAAAAGUAAAGAGGAGGGACAGCUGGUGCACACGGUCAAGGUGGAUAUGCGCUCAGCGGCCUCAACUAUCUACUCUCUCCUUGUAUGUAUUUCCAUUUAUUGUUAUUUUUUUUCUUUCUUUCUUAGCAAGUACUUUCAAGGAACUCUGUACAUUUUAACAUAAAAUGAAAAUAAAUUAUGUUGAGCCA